ACAAGGAAGAACUUAGAGGUACAGAGAGGACGCACCAAACAGUCGUAAUUUUGUCCACAAUAAGUUGAAAAAAAGGAUUAAUAAGAAUAGAGUUCAAUGCGAAGUGCCGCAAGUGGUGUGAAUUGGAAGCUUAGUUUUCAUUCUGUGCCUGUCGGACGCACUCUCCACUGACUGGAUACAUUCGCACCAGCUCAUUCAACCCUUCCCAGCUUUAAUGGAGGCUGUAUGAUAGCAAUGGCGAGGCGCAAAAGGCACGACGCUUGGAAUAUUUGCGCAUAACCAUAGCUUAAGUUUUGAAAAACGACUGCGUGAAAACUGUAAUAAGGGCAAACCAGUCGGAGCGAGAUGGAAAGCCCGACGGAGAACCCAACCAGGGCUUCGGAGUAUCUGAAUGAGCUGAAUAAAAUCAUCGAAACCCAACAGGAGUUAUUGGAGAGACAGAAGAACAGGAUAGAGGACCUGGAGCAGCAAGUGUCCGACUUAUGCACGGAGAACGCUUGUCUGAAAGAGCAAUACCAGCGGCAUUUAGCUACUUGCAGGCUGCAGCAGAGCAACAGCCACGUAACACUAGAUGCUAUAAAAGAAAACAUCACCCAAGAAAAGUCUGAAUGUGAAAGUUCCAGAACGGUCAGGAGACAUGCCUCUCUGCCUGUGGACGUGACAGAACCCCGCGGGGCCCUGGUGUCUGCUGGCUGCCAGAGAGGCUUCCCUUGUCGGAAGUGGAAAUCUGCCUCCUUUGGUGUGGAAGGGGAUGCCAGGCCCAAUGAGACAGGUCCGGACGGAGGAGCCAGCUACGGCAGGGGGCCUGUGACCCACGGCUCAGCCAUCAGCCCUGACCGCUUCGACGGCCCGCACUACGGCCACAGCGUCCAGCCGGGGCCCCAAAGACCCCGAAGGCCCAAGCUCCAACAUUCCCAGUCCAUUCUCCGCAAACAGGCUGAAGAGGAGGCCAUCAAGCGCUCCAGAUCGCUCUCUGAGAGCUAUGAGCUCUCUGCUGACCUCCAGGACAAACAGGUGGAGAUGCUAGAGCGUAAAUAUGGUGGACGCUUCAUAACCCGGCAUGCAGCCCGCACCAUCCAGACAGCCUUCCGCCAGUACCAGAUGAACAAGAACUUUGAGCGUCUCCGGAGUUCUAUGUCUGAGAACCGCAUGUCCAGACGUAUCGUUCUGUCCAACAUGAGGAUGCAGUUCUCCUUCGAGGGCCCGGAGAAAGUCCACAGCUCCUACUUUGAGGGGAAGCAGGUGUCGCUAACAGACGAUGGCACCCCCCUGGCCGUGGUACAAUCCGAGUGUGGAGAUAUGGAGGUCCACCACCAGGCUAACCUGGCCACUCACCCGGCCUCCCAAAACGACCUGACGGACGCCAUCACGGAGCUAGAGGAUGCUUUCUCCAGGCAGGUCAAGUCUUUAGCAGAGUCUAUAGACGAUGCCCUGAACUGCCGCAGCCUGCAGGAGGACGAAGUGGAUCCUGAGGCUAUGGGCCCCGAGGUGGGCCUGGAGGUAGCCUACCAGGUCAAGCCCCACCGUGGAGCAACCGGGCGCAUGCGGGAUGAGAUGAUGGCGUCUUACAGUGAUGUCACGCUGUUUAUUGACGAGGAAGACCUGUCCCCCUCCAUGGCGCUCUCGCGGUUAGGUGACCAGCCCUCAAGCACCGAGUCGGACCCGCGGCUGCGCUCGGCCAACUCCUCCCAGGAGUACUGGCCCAUGGACCCCAAGGACGAGGGCCGCGACACAGACACCAGCUGCCGCAGCACGCCCUCUCUGGAGUGCCAGGAGCAGAGGCGGAGGGUGGACCACCUGCCCCUGCUCACCAUCGAGCCCCCCAGCGACAGCUCGGCCGAGCUGAGCGACCGCUCCGACCGCAGCUCCGUCAAGCGCCCGCCGGCGUACGAACCUCACAGCCACAUGGUCACCUCGUCCCAGGCCAGCCCCAAACACAUCUCCCACGGGCCGCCCCCUCGGGCGCCCUCCCGCGACGACGAGGCCCCGCUCCGUCACCGCCACCGGCAGCUGGAGAGCCACCUGGCCAUCAACGGCUCGGCCAACCGGCAGAGCAAGUCCGAGUCGGACUUCUCCGACGGCGACAAUGACAGCAUCAACAGCACGUCCAACUCCAACGACACCAUCAACUGCAGCUCCGAAUCGUCGUCCAGGGACAGCCUGCGGGAGCAGACCCUGAGCAAGCAGACCUACCACAAAGAGACCCGCAACAGCUGGGACUCGCCCGUCUUCAGCAACGACGUCAUCCGCAAGAGGCACUACAGGAUCGGCCUCAACCUCUUCAACAAGAAGCCAGAGAAAGGUAUCCAGUACCUGACAGAGAGAGGCUUUGUCCCAGACACACCAGUGGGCGUGGCUCACUUCCUGCUCCAGAGGAAGGGCCUGAGCAGACAGAUGAUUGGAGAGUUUCUGGGCAACCGGCAGAAACAGUUCAACAGAGAUGUAUUAGACUGUGUAGUAGAUGAGAUGGACUUCUCGUCCAUGGAGCUGGACGAGGCCCUGAGGAAGUUCCAGAACCACAUCCGUGUCCAGGGGGAGGCUCAGAAGGUGGAGCGACUCAUUGAGGCCUACAGUCAGCGCUACUGCAUCUGUAACCCCACGGUGGUGCGACAAUUCAGAAACCCUGACACCAUCUUCAUCCUGGCCUUCGCCAUCAUCCUCCUCAACACAGACAUGUACAGCCCCAACGUCAAACCGGAGAGGAAGAUGAAGCUGGAAGACUUUGUCAAAAACCUCAGAGGGGUGGAUGAUGGGGAGGACAUUCCCAGGGAGACUCUGGUAGGCAUUUAUGAGAGAAUCCGGAAGAGAGAGCUGAAGACAAACGAGGACCACGUGUCUCAGGUGCAGAAGGUGGAGAAGCUCAUUGUGGGAAAGAAACCGAUCGGAUCUCUACACCACGGCCUAGGAUGUGUGCUGUCCCUGCCUCACCGCAGGCUGGUGUGCUACUGCCGGCUGUUUGAAGUGCCAGACCCCAACAAGCUGCAGAAGCUGGGUCUUCACCAGCGGGAGAUCUUCCUGUUCAAUGACCUGCUGGUGGUGACAAAGAUUUUCCAGAAGAAGAAGAACUCGGUGACAUACAGCUUCCGGCAGUCGUUCUCUCUGUAUGGGAUGCAGGUUUUACUGUUUGAGAACCAGUAUUACCCAAAUGGGAUCAGGCUUACAUCAGCCAUACCAGGUGCGGACAUCAAAGUCCUCAUCAACUUUAACGCGCCCAACCCCCAGGACCGCAAGAAGUUCACAGACGACCUGCGGGAAUCCAUCGCUGAGGUCCAGGAAAUGGAGAAGUACAGGAUAGAGUCGGAGCUGGAGAAGCAGAAGGGGGUGGUGAGGCCCAGCAUGUCCCAGAGCUCUGGCCUGAAGAAGGAGGCGGGAAACGGCAGUAUGACCCGUGCCAGCCUGGACGACACCUACACCAUGGGGGAGGGGCUGAAGAGGAGCGCCCUCAGCAGCUCCCUGCGCGACCUCUCAGAAGCAGGCAAGCGUGGGCGCCGCAGCAGUGCAGGAUCACUAGACAGCAAUAUGGAAGGGUCCAUCAUUAGCAGCCCUCACACACGUCGGAGAGCCACCACCCCGCGCGAGGGCGCACCCCGCAGCCAUCCCCCCAUCCCCAACUCCUCCUCCAUCCUUGGGUCCCUAUUCAGCAGCAAGCGAGGGAAGCCCUCUUCGCAGAGCCACCCUCCUAUUCCUCCGCCCGGUCACCCCACCCUCAUCUCCCACAAGCCCCACCCAGCCAACCUCCACCACACGGCACAGAGCGUCCACCCAACUCAAACCCAGCUGCACGGCCACCACUCCCAGUACUGCCAAGUCCAGCAGAACCCGCCCCCCUACCAUCACCAUCACCACUACAACCCCCCACCGCACACACAGUACCACCAGCACCCAGCCUACACCUCACACACACACGCACACACUCAGCACAGCCACCACAGUCAGCAUUCCCAUCAUGCCUCACACUCCCAGCAUGCUCCUCACCACCAUAGUCAGCAGCAGGGCCCGGCACCUGGCGGGCCCAAACCCAAACACAGCGGCAUCAGCACCGUGGUGUGACCUCCCUCCUAGAAAGAGAGCGAGAAAGAGAAGAAAAAGAGAGAGAGGGAGGGACAGUUGCUUACACCAAAGGGACGGUAUGAGUUUAUGGCCUGUCCACUGUGUUCUACUGCUGCUGUGCUGGGGCGGAUUACAGGCCCCACCUGGAUCCCCCCUUCACUACCCACCUAAAGACAUGGAAACAAGACUGCAAUCUUCCACGCUGAGUCUUGGCUCAGCCACUCAAACUACAAACUACAGGCAUUUCUCUGUCAGGGUCUCAGGGGAGCGUUUUCCAACAGGAAGUUACUCUCUCCUACUCUCCACAAACCCACACACACAACCUGGCCGUGAUGGCUGAAGAGAAGUUGUCUUUUCUCUGCCAGCCCCUCUCCACUGCUCCAUUCCUACAAUAGUUGGUCUUCCCUUCGCCUGGGGAAGGCCUGAGAGAAGAUGGCUGACUGUUUUCUCUGAUGAUGGCAUAUUAUAUUGCACACAUUUGCUCUGAUCUGAACGAGCUAACUUUCAACUCUCUGCUUUCUUAGGUUUGCAAAUCCUAUCUUCAUUUUUUAAGAAUGCUAUUUGUUGUUGCCUCCUGUAGAAUUCAUGUAGUGAAAACACUAGAUGUAAUCAUUUCACACUAACUAGAUCAACAGACAGGUUAACAACUGAGUAGAAAGUCUCAAUGGUAGUAGUUUUAGUGCUGUAUUUACCGUAGAUGACAGCUCUGUUGUCUCCUAGCUCUCAUGAAUAAAUGUGCCAAUUACUUAUGCAUAACCUAUUUAGUCGCCACUUCAUGUACAGUAUAUUGUGCGUAAAGUACUUUGUAAGAUCAUACUUACAACGAUUAUUAUUAUCAUUGAAAAUGAAUUUUAUCAGUAUUAUACUGACUCUAUAGUAACAGGAUCAAUCUGAAGGGAGUGAACCCACAUUUAGUCCGGCCAAUAAUAAUCUUCUCUGGAGUUUGUUGCAUUUAAAAUGGAGAAUGGCGAUCUUCUAGAGUGCAGCUGUGGCAUAUGGGUAUGGCUGGGAUGACAUUUCCUGUCAUGACUGUCCUUACUUGUCCUUCAUAGGUUGAGUGUGUGGGUCCCUCCCUGAAUGCUAAUGCUGGUAUGAUACUUAGUACUGUUCAAAAUUAGGAGGGAUCAACUGAAGCCCGUUGGUGUUGAGCUUGUCGUCCCUGUUGAGUUAUAUUCUGUCCAAGCUUACAGCUGCUCCUAUACUUUUCAAGUAUACUGUAUUUUGAGGCCUAGGUCAUGGACACGCAGUACACCUGGCUUUUGCCUUACAUAUAUGCAGCAGCUGCAUUCUUGACUCUUCAAAAUCAAACAAUUAUAUUUUUGAACUUUGCUUGAGUGUCAUAGCUUUUUUUUUCUCCCUCAAAACCCUUUCAAGUUAGUGACUGUAUAGCUCUUAAGUAACUAGAGAGGUAUUCUUGUUAUCUUUGUUGUUAUCCUGUGCAAUAUCUCUGGACUGAUUUUGUACAUUCAGAACAAGCAAAUGUUUCCUCCUGUUUUGUUUGUUUUCACGAUAUGUCGUUUAUUUAUUUAGUUUUGGCCCCUGUCGUUCUUUCUCAGUGGCUUAAUGUGUGACUGUAUUCAUGAGAAGAACAGUCCUGGAGUUCAGUGGAAUGUCUACUAAGUGAUUUUGCAUGUAAUGUUAUUGAUGUGAGGCUAUCCUCUGCACAUGUAUAACAAAUCAGUGUUACCAUGGCGAGUUAAAGUGCAAUCAUGAUCAGAAGUGACUAGUAUUGCUAGUGUGGGUCAUCAUAUUGUCCGGAAAGAGAUUCAGGUGAAAAAUAUCUUCUUUUUUCCAUUUCAGAAUAUAUAAAUACCUACUUACACCAUUCACAAUGGAAAGAGGAAUGUGUGUGUAUAUAUUUUAAUAAAGGAAUAUGCUUCCCUCUGGGCAGAACAGAAAUAUUUUGCUGGAUAAGCACAUAUGAACGCUUUCUUUUUCAGGAAAUGCAGAAAUACAGCAUAGAAAUGCAACUUGGAAAUGGGUAAAUGUAAAGAACAAUAACUUUCUACAUUCUACAAAUAAGAGUAUAUUAUAGUGUGUAAAUUAGUGAAAGUCAAUUGUUUGUCCCAAUAUCAGGGUGUACAUGUAUUUUAACAUUCACUAAGAAAACCUGAACCAUAAGUCAGACUCACUCAUUUCUGCUCUUAUUAGACAAGUUGUAUUAUAAGGAAAUUUAGACAUAUUAACAUAUCUAAUUUGGGACAUUGAUGGUCAAUUGAAUGUGUCUUUCUAUUGAUUUCCUAUUUCUUUUUUAACUAAAUAUUUAAAACAAUGUAAAGACAAGCGUACGUUUCUGUUAAUAUACAGUAUGUUAUUGUGCUUCAGAUGUCCUCAGUCAUCUAUGUAGUGUGAGAAGAUACCCCAACAAUGCACUGCAUGUAUCUGAUGCAUCGUGUCUCCUUUCACUGUGAGCUGACCCAGAAAAUCAGCCUGUAAAGUUUGACCUCCAUUUUGUUUAGAUUGACUUUGAAUCUCCAGAUGUUGACUUGCUCUUGCUGUUCCAUGUUAAGCUGAAUUUUAGUGGAGCACAGCAUGCAUCUCAUCUACAUAGCCAUUGUAUAAAGAACAAACAUAAACACGGUUGCACUUAUCUGAGGGCUCUCAUUGUGUAAAUAAGGGUGUGGAUUUAUUUGAAGGAGGGUUAAGACAAGAAGGGACCAAGUGGGAGAUAAAUGGAACUGUACAUAGUGUUUAUAUGAUCACUUAUCUAAACUGAUAUCUGCAGUAAGGAUCAGGGUGUACACCCAUCAACUCAUAGGGGAGAAGAAAGGGGGAGGGGUCCUAAUUAGGAACAUAUCGCUUAUCUCUCUGCCUCCACCUUUAGUGAGCUCUUAUUUGUUGUGGAUCUCAAAAGACAGACUGUUAUAAGUUUCUCUGCCUAUUAAACACACACACACACACACGUUCAUCCCAAUGUUACAAUGCUGUUCUGUCAGGCUCAUUUUAAGAGACACAUAAAAAAAGGGAAAGUCAAGAGUGGCCUCAUUUCAAUGUGCAUUCUGUUUGUACAGUGAGUAGUGAGUCAGUAAGACCCCUGUUAUUGUAAAAUUCAACUGUGACAUUGUUGAGAACGCUAAAUAAACAAAUAUAUGACUUAUGGUAUUCA